UCUCAGUGUGAUUAGUGUUUCCAGUGUCUGUGUUAAAAGUGUGGGGAAGCAUCAAUAAAGCACUGAGCCUUGGCCAUUACGUGCCGCGGGAUCUCUCAACAAAGGUUCAUUGUUCAGCACCUGUGGCUGAAGUAGUUCAACGUCCGAUGGAAGCCCAACCUUUGACAGACUGGGACGCUAGUCUCUGUGACUGCUUUGAGGACGUGAGCACAUGUUGCUACGGUUUCUGGUGCUGCCCUUGCAUUGCAUGCACAGUUUCAGAAAGAUUUGGAGAGAGCCGUUUACUCCCAUUAUGUGACCUCUGCGCAAGAGCAGGAAUGUGUAUUCCUCCUGCAGUCCUUUCUCUGCGGGUUGCCAUGCGAAACAGAUAUGGCAUCAAGGGUUCCAUCUGUAAGGACAUCCUAGCCUCCUGUUUCUGUGAGUGGUGCUCCUGGUGUCAGAUGCAUCGUGAGUUGAAACAUCGCAAAAAAACACCUGUCGUCCACAACAUGUCAAAUCAAACCAUCGUACAAAUGCAGCCUUAUCCACUGAUGAUGGGUCCUGCAUACCCUUACCCUCCCCAAGGUGGUUUUAUGGGUCAAGGAGUCCCACCCCAAGAAUGAACCAUUAGAGGUUGUUGUGACAUCAUACUAAACUCUGUGGCUUCAUAUUGUUCUGCUGGCUGUUGUGAAGGAAAUACUAUCCUGCUGUCUGCUGUGUAUUGAAGAUUAUCUCUGUGUUUGUAAUAAUUUUGACAAUUAUUGUUCUAGUUCUUAGGAAAUCCCUUAAAUUUAAUCUCAAAUUAUUUACAGCCACCAUUGACAUCCAGACCAUGUUUAAGUGGAUGACUGUAGUCCUUUCAAAUUUUCAUCUUGGUCAUCUUGGGAACUGAGUGUGUUCUGCAGUUUAAGAAAUAAUUAAAUUAUAUUUUAGCAGGGAUUAUAUAAUUUAGCAGCACCCUAUUGCAGUUCAUCCAAAAACCCAACAGAGGGCACUCUAUGAUCAGUAGUGGUUGUUAUUUACAUGGUACAAAUGAAGACAUUCAUCCACUGCAGUCUUCUAAUUUGGUCAUAUGAAACGCAUUGACAAGUUUAGGUAGUUCAGAGCUACUACUAAACAACAUUUCUACAAUCAUCUAUAAGGUUAUACAAGGAUAUGUGAGUAAAUAUGUUUUUGUUUGUUUUAGUAAUGUGAAAGCUAUUGUGUGCUAACUUCAACUUGGAUACUGAAGAAAUCUUCACAACUUUAAACUGUGACCUUUGUUUUUAUGUAGUUUCAGGGAUAUUUUCUGGCCCAUUGGUGAACAUAUUCAGUUUUUCAUCAUGCAGUGUAUCGUGGUUGAGAUAAGAAAAAAAUGCAAUUAAAAUCAUAU